AUGUCAUCACUCGAUCCAAAUAAAUCCCUCCCUCCACUCCCACCUCUCAAGUCAUUCUCCCUCACUCACAUUGUAUACGACCCCACCCACCCACUUUCCAUACCUCUAACUUUACUGUCCCUCUCACCGAUAUUCCUCUUCGUAUCCUAUUUCACUUUGACGAUAUUCACCCGACGCUUGACGAUCCUCUUACUGGCAGCUGGACAACUGGGUAAUGAAGUAUUAUCGUGGAUUUUGAAAAGGCUCUUGAAAGGGGACAGACCCUAUAUGGGCCAUGGAGAGGUGGGUACAGGCUAUGGAAUGCCUAGCUCUCAUUCGCAAGCUGCUGGAUUCCUAGUAGCAUGGGGUAUAGGAUAUUCUUGGACUCUUGCUUCGAGAGGUAAGAGGGAGGGAAAUGGGAAUGGUAGAUUAGGAGUGGUGAGGAGGAUUCGGAAUGGGAUUUACAUCUUGGGAUUGCUCAUUUGGUCAAUAGGUGUAUCAUAUUCUAGGUGGCAUUUGCAUUAUCACUCUCCUAUACAGAUCAUCGCUGGUUAUUCUGUGGGUUUAGUGGCUGGUGCGACGUAUUUCUGGUUAACAGAGUAUCUACCGAUAUACCAUCCUGGAUCUCUGGUCGGCCAGAUACGCAAGAAGGUAGAGUACCUGUGGGAAGGUGUAGGGGGAGUAGGAGGAUGGGAAUUGGGAGAUGCAAAAGGUGGUUGGGGCGAGGGAUGGUUGGUUAUUGGAAAAGAUGAAACUGGUCAGAAGAAGAAGAAAAGUCGGUGA